AUGGCUCUGCAAGUUCACAAUCCAGCAUCUCUUCAACAUAUAAAAAAUCAUUUCGAUAUAGCAAGUAUGUGGCCUAUUCGACUCAUAAGUCAAACAGAUGUUAAAAGAAAGAAAAAUGCAGUUACAUAUGACUCUUAUUCAAGUUUUUUUCAUAACAUCACACAAGUUGAUCAGGUGCAUAGGUUGGGCUACAAUGGUUCAGGUAUCAAAAUUGGAAUUAUCGAUACUGGAGUCGAUUAUACUCACCCAGCACUUGGUAAAUGUUUUGGCAAAGGAUGUAAGAUUGCGUAUGGCUACGAUUUAGUUGGUGAUGAUUACACAGGAAAAAACACACCGAUACCCGAUUCUGAUCCAUAUGACAACUGUAGUAAUUCAUCAGUUACUGGGCAUGGUACGCACGUAGCAGGAAUUAUAGGAGCACUGGCAGCAAAUAUCACAGGUGUUGCAUAUGGCAGCACAUUAGGUAUGUGGAGAGUAUUUGGUUGUUUUGGUAUAUCAGCAGAUGAUGUUGUAAUAGAAGCCCUUAUUCAAGCUUACGAAGCUGGUAUGGAUAUUAUUAAUUUAUCUCUGGGCGAACUGGCACCGUGGCAAGAAGAUCCCGUAGCUAUUAUAGCGAGUAGAAUUGCUCAAACAGGAGUACUUAUCGUGGCAGCAAACGGAAAUAUAGGUCUUCAAGGCAUAUCAUCAGGAGAUAAUCUAGCUAGUGGAAAUAAUGUUGUUGCUGUUGCAUCGUUUGACAAUGCAUAUUCCGUUAAACGUGGUUUUAUUCUAAAUAACAUAACUUAUGGUUAUAUUAGUGCAAAUCCACAAUUAAAGUUUCCCAUUACUAAAAUUGCACCAACAGCUAACUCCACACACUUUCUAGCUGAUGCUUGCAAUGGUACCAAAAUUAAAAGAAGUAAAAUAAAAGGACUAAUUGCAUUAGUUCGUCGAGGAGAGUGUACUUUCUUUGAAAAAGCAUUAAAUGUUCAAAAGAUGGGAGCUAUUGGUAUUUUGAUUUAUGUCCGUGCAAAUGAAACAGAACCCGAGCCUAUUCCACUUUCUGAUGAUAUAAAAAUACCUUGCGCCAUGAUCAGCAAUAGUGCGGGUGUUGCCAUAUUAAAUUCUAAACAUCCAAAAGGUUAUUUUCGUGAUGAUAUAUUUAUAUAUACGCCAAUUUCUACUAGUGGAACAGUUACUGAUUUUAGCUCUCUCGGACCAUUGAAUGAACUACAACUAAAGCCAGAUAUAGGUGGAAUCGGUGGUUCCGUUUAUUCGACUCUUCCACAUUAUUUAGGUUUAUACGGAACGCUUUCUGGAACUUCAAUGGCCACACCCUAUAUCAGUGGUGCUUUUGCCUUAUAUCUUCAAGCUAAGGGAAUGAAUCGCAAAACAAAUCACAAACCGAUGGCUGUCAUAAAGAAAUUUCAAAAUUUUGCAAAAUAUGCUUCAAUCAGCAACAAUCAAACUGCAUCGAUUAUCGAUACCCCGCUUCGCCAAGGUGCUGGUUUAGUGCAAGUAGGUGAUGCUAUUUUUGAAAAUAGCCACGUAACACCUGGUAAACUAAGUUUUAAUGACAGUGAACACAUUCAACUACGCUACAAAUUAACAGUUAAAAACGAUUGGGAAACAACAAUAACAUACACAUUUUCUAACAUAGCUGCUGCUACAGUCAAACCGUAUAACGUCACCUUGCAGCAAUAUAUACCUCUUCAACCAAUUCUCUAUGAUUCCUCCGGCUUAAAAGCAAAACUUACAUUCUUUCCACAAAAAUUGUCAAUAAAAGCAAAAGGAUAUAGACAUGUUUUGGUUAAGGUCAAACCUCCAGAGCUGAAUCUAAAGGAUCAUCAAAUCUAUGGUGGCUAUAUCCAAAUAACACCAGACAAGGGCAAAAGUUUGCAUGUACCAUAUAUCGGAGAAGUUGGGAAUCGUCGAGAGUUACCCAUUCUUAAUCAUUCAUAUUCGAUUACAUACAAUACAAGUUAUCCACUGUUAACUGAUUUAGCUAAUAAUGUUAUAGAUCAGAAAGAACUAUACAUCUUUAAUCGUUCAGAUAGCACCACACAACCAACAAUAAAAGUUCCACUUUUGACAGGAACAGCAGCAUUAAAUAUUUAUAUACUAAACAAAAACAAUAAAAAUGUUGGUUUAAUGUUAACACGCGCUUACUUGCCACGAGAUUCAUAUUCUUUCACGUGGGAUGGUAAAGUAACCCAUUCGAUUACUACUGUACCUGCAGCUGUUCAAAAUGGUGUUUAUAAAAUGAAACUUAGUGUAUUGAAAAUAUUUGGUAAUCGAGGAAACAGAAGUGAUUAUGAAACAUGGAUAUCACCAACAAUUCAAGUUCUAAAUUAG